AUGGCACGAGACGACACGAAGUCAGAGGUCAAGGAGCUUGCUAAAUCGCACAUUAUAAGCUGGAAGAGUAUUGUUUGCUUAGCGUUGCAGACAUCGCUUAACUCACACCGAAGGUAUCUCACACUACUCUCUUCACCUCUAGCUCUUUUUUGUGUACCUUUGUAUUCCGUUCCAGGUUCGCUUUCUUCCUCUCAUGCUGGGUCCACACUUGUUGCAGCGUAUACUUCGAUCCACUGCCAUAUUACGAUUUAUCCUUUUUCCUCAUUUUUUCUUGGCUGCGACGGGCAGUACAAAGGAAGUAACCAAAUACUGCACAUCAGUUCCUUACUUAUGCUGUACCGCACAGGUCGAGUGAAUAAAGGGAAGUUGAUUGUAUAG